AUGGCGACUACCAUCCCAUGGAAGAGCCAUUACCGAGCCCUGCUCAGGGAAGCGAGCUACCUCCCCGAUCCCGUUGCGAAGAGAUAUAUGGCCGAGUAUAUCACGUCGAGAUACCGCAAAUUCACCUCGGUAGAACAGCAGAAGUCGAUGAAUGCUGCCAAAAUUGGCCGGUUGCAUACUCGCAUCAAGAAAAACAUGAAACUCUUACAACACGCAAACCAAGGAUAUACAAAGUCACUUGAGCGUGUUUUACUCAUGUCCUACGGCCGAAUUGGACGGAGGAAGCGAAUAUUACUACGACCAUUUUUACAGUCCGGGUCUGGGUCCAAAACUGCGUUCUCACAGCACUGGAGGCCGUCAGAACUACAUCUUGCACUUUUGCAGAGUCAGAGUGAGAAUAGCAAUAUCGGUGCCCAGAAGGUUAAAAGGCCAGUUAGGACAACUGAUCUGGAACCUCGCAUACCCGAAUUAAAUGCUCUUGCCCGGCCGCUUGCAGAUAUAAGGAAAAUACACAUUCGCCAAAAGUGGUACGCCCAUGUGCUCGACAAAACCUUUCCUCCCCUGCCGCAGCACGAUUGGGAAACACUUCAACGCCUGGUAGAAGGAAGCGAACCUUGGACUCCACCAGUACGGAGGAAAGGCCCCAACCAAAUCACCUCAGGGGAUUCCACUAGUGCUUCCGAACAAAGCUACCUUAGUACCGACUUCCUUAUUAAUGGCGCCACGAAGGAUCCCACAUUCGCACAAUACGUCCGAGGUCGACCGCACCAGAUCACUAGAAGACUUAUGCGUCAUAUGUGGGAGCGUAUCUGUGCCCUGACGCCCCUUAUCCAGUGGGAUUCCAGCAAAAAUAAAUGGUGGUUUUCCUGGGGUGUACGGCAGCCUCCCGCUCCCAUAUAUCGUCAGGUAGAUCCAGUAAAGGGGCUAGCAUUGUUUGAAGGGGUUCACCAGAAGACUGGACGGGUCAUGCUUUCUCGAAGACAAUCCAGUAAACCUGGAGAGGGAGAUAAAAACCAAAAAGAAGACUGGGACAAACCUCUCGAAGCUUUUCAAUCAACCCCGUCGGGUCCUGGAAUGCUAGCAUCCGCUAAUAAUUGA